AUGCUGAAUCUGCGGCACUCCCCGUCUUCGCUGUCCUCCUCCUCUCUCUCUCCCCACGAGUCGCUGCAUCUUCUCCGUGGCCUGCCGCUCUGGAUUGACCCACUGGGCCCUUGCACGCAGGCGUCGGAGGCGAUCAAGAAGGUGGUCUUCGGAGGCCAGGUCACGGAGGAGGAGGCCGACAGCCUCACCAAGAGGAAGCCAUGCUCCGCGCCCAAGUGGAAGGAGAUGACGGGAAGCGGCAUCUUCGCGGCCGGGAGCAAUGGCGACGCUGGGGAGGCCGCCGCCGCCGCGAAGCCCGCGCGGACUGCCCCGCGCCAGGUGCCAAAAUCUGUGCUGAGCUUUUGUUUGGAUACAAAAAAAUUUUAA